CAUUUGCUCUGCUUGUGUAAAAGUGUUCAUUGUUGCUGUGGUUUUCCUGUGAAGUUCCUUAAACUGGAACAUCAACCUUUACACAGUCAGACUUUCACAUGUGUUCUUCACAGUCACAGUAAUCCUCUUCAUCAUGGCUGGACACCUUCUGUUUGUCAUCCUCAUGUCUUUCGUUCAUGAGAUUCAAGCACAAGCUUUUCUUCCACCAACACUGACAGUGAACACAACAGUGAUCUCAGAGAGAGACUUGGUCACAUUUCACUGUCAGGCACCAACAUCUGUUUCAGUUCAUCAGUGUUUUUUCUACACUGUGGAGAAAAAUACUUCCAAAGCCUUCUCAUGCCUGCAGAAUUUCACUGCAACAGAACUGUUGUUAAUGUCACAUCAGAGUUCACCUGCUGAAGUUAAAGUGAAAUGUUUUUACACUGGAGAACUAAAUUCAACGUCUGCGCACAGUGAACCAUCCUCCAUCACCAUAAAAAGUCAGAAACCACAGAUGAGAGUUCAGCAUUUUAAUGGAGAACAAGUUCAGUUUGUUUGCUCUCUGCCUGGAUCUGUGAAAGAUGAUACAAGAUGUAAUCUGUACUUUGGAGAAGCAAGUCGUUCAGUCCUGACAGCAACUGUCUGGAAGAAAAGCAGCACAGAAACCAAACAGAGGUUCUGCCAGUUUUAUGUCUCAAUUGAUGAUUUUUUGAGACAUCUACAUUUUGUUCAACAAAAAGAAGCCAGCUGUGAUUACACUUUGAAAAGGGAACCCAGGUCUUUGUCUCCUCGCAGUGAUCAAUACAACUUAACAGCUAUUCUGGAAAGUGAAUCACCAAAGAUCAACAAACCAUCAUCUAUCAUGACCACAGCAGAAUCAAGUCUCAGCAAACCCACUACUUCAUCUUCUACCACUUCAGUGAACUCACCAUCAGGAUUAACUACUAUUCUCAGUGCUGCAAGUGAUGUGGACACUCGUCCCAAAACAGCUCAGUAUAUGACAUCAGGAGCCAGUACUACAGCUAUUCUGGAAAGUGAAUCACCAAAGAUCAACAAACCAUCAUCUAUCAUGACCACAGCAGAAUCAAGUCUCAGCAAACCCACUACUUCAUCUUCUACCACUUCAGUGAACUCACCAUCAGGAUUAACUACUAUUCUCAGUGCUGCAAGUGAUGUGGACACUCGUCCCAAAACAGCUCAGUAUAUGACAUCAGGAGCCAGUACUACAGCUAUUCUGGAAAGUGAAUCACCAAAGAUCAACAAACCAUCAUCUAUCAUGACCACAGCAGAAUCAAGUCUCAGCAAACCCACUACUUCAUCUUCUACCACUUCAGUGAACUCACCAUCAGGACUGGCUGCUCUUAAUCUCAGCCCUACAACUGGUGUGAACACUCCUGUCAAAACAACUGAGUAUAUAACCUCACGAGACAGUACUACAGAGUCGAGUCUCAGCAGUGCUAGCGCUUCCAGUCCUACCACGUCUGUGAAUUCACCUUCAGAUUCAUACAAGACUAAUGCUACAACGACUAUUACUACAGUCAAAGUAGGUCAGGCACGCCAGCCUGACAAUAAAGUAAACUCCUCUUCAAAAAUAUUACAAUCAGCAGAAGCAUCGAUAUGGAAGUUGGCGGUAGCUGUGACUGGAUUGGGAGUAACCAUGGGUAUCAUCUUACUGGUGCUGGGGCUUCUCACAUUCAGAAGAAGAAGUGAAACAUGUCCUCAAAGCAGGACAAAGGCAACAUCACCAGGUGAUUUUAUAUCAAUGACUAAAAUGAACCAUGGAAGAAUGUUACCUGCAGGUAAUGAUGGAGGCUACAGUGUGAUCACGUCAGUACCUGAUGACAACUGUCUUAAUAGAGAGAAACUAAACUUGGAACAGACAAAAAAUGAAGAUUCUGACAUUUACCAUGUGUACGCCACCAUCUCUGAAGAAACAGAUCCACCAGAUUCACAAGACAUGAUAUACAGCAUGCUGAAUGCACACUGAAACACAGUGAAACAUUUUUGUUGACGUUGUUAGUAAAAUGUCUAAAAUGAUCUAAAUCAUGUCAAAGUGAGGAAAGUGUGACAGGUAAUAGAACAAUCUUGCAAAAAAUCUUGAGCUUGAAUUGAGUUUUUUUUUCUAUUGAAAGAUAACUGACAUGAUGAUGAUUUCGGCUUUAGUAUUUUUAAUAAGCGCUCUUAGAUAUUUAUUGUUUUGUUUUCAGUAAUUGUAAGUUGGAAGAUGA